CGGUUGUCGGCGGGGCAGUCCGGCGGGCAGCGGCGGCGGUUCCGGCUGCAGCACAGAGGCGGACGAGCCGGUGAGGCGGGAUGCCGGGCCGCCGCCGCCUUUGCCGCCUCCUGAGGAUCUGAGCGCCGGCCGGGCCGAGCGUCCCAAGCGCGUGCCGGGCCCAGCGCCGCCGCGGCCGGGCCGCCCCCGCCCCUUCGUCCCUCGCCGCGGCCGCCCCGGCGCUCAUGCGGGCCGAGCCCCGCCCCCCGCCCGCCGCCGGAGCCCGCGCCCGAACCCGCGCCCGCCCGCACCAUGCUCAAGUGCAUCCCGCUGUGGCGCUGCAACCGGCACGUGGAGUCGGUGGACAAGCGGCACUGCUCGCUGCAGGCCGUGCCCGAGGAGAUCUACCGCUACAGCCGCAGCCUGGAGGAGCUGCUGCUCGACGCCAACCAGCUGCGCGAGCUGCCCAAGCCUUUCUUCCGGCUGCUGAACCUGCGCAAGCUGGGCCUCAGUGACAACGAGAUUCAGCGUUUGCCCCCGGAGGUGGCCAACUUCAUGCAGCUGGUGGAGCUGGACGUGUCCCGGAACGACAUCCCCGAGAUCCCCGAGAGCAUCCGGUUUUGCAAGGCCCUGGAGAUUGCGGAUUUCAGCGGGAAUCCCCUGUCUAGGCUCCCCGAGGGCUUCACUCAGCUGCGCAGCCUGGCUCACCUGGCCCUGAACGAUGUGUCCUUGCAGGCGCUGCCUGGGGACGUGGGCAACCUCGCCAACCUGGUGACUCUGGAGCUCCGGGAGAACCUGCUCAAGUCCCUGCCUGCGUCGCUGUCUUUCCUGGUCAAGCUGGAACAGCUGGAUCUGGGAGGAAACGACCUAGAAGUGCUGCCUGACACCCUGGGGGCUCUGCCCAACCUGCGGGAGCUGUGGCUGGACCGGAACCAGCUCUCCAUGCUGCCUCCGGAGCUCGGGAACCUCCGGCGCUUGGUGUGCCUGGAUGUGUCGGAGAACCGGCUGGAGGCGCUGCCUGCGGAGCUUGGGGGGCUCGCCCUGCUAACGGACCUGCUGCUGUCCCAGAACCUGCUGCAGCGGCUCCCCGACGGCAUUGGUCAGCUGAAGCAGUUGUCCAUCCUGAAGGUGGACCAGAACCGCCUGUGCGAGGUGACCGAGGCCAUUGGGGACUGCGAGAACCUGUCCGAGCUGAUCCUCACUGAGAACCUGCUGACGGCUCUUCCCCGCUCCCUUGGGAAGCUGACCAAGCUGACCAACCUGAACGUGGACCGGAACCGCCUGGAAGUGCUGCCACCGGAGAUCGGGGGCUGUGUGGCACUCAGCGUCCUGUCUCUGAGGGACAACCGCCUGGCCCUCCUGCCGCCCGAGCUUGCCCACACAACGGAGCUGCACGUGCUGGAUGUGGCUGGGAACCGGCUGCAGAGUCUGCCGUUCGCGCUCACCCAUCUCAACCUCAAGGCCCUGUGGCUGGCCGAGAACCAGGCACAACCCAUGCUGCGGUUCCAGACUGAGGACGACGCCCAGACCGGGGAGAAGGUGCUCACCUGCUACCUGCUGCCGCAGCAGCCCCCACCCAGCCUUGAGGACCCUGGGCCACGGAGCAGCCCCUCCGAGAGCUGGAGUGACGCCCCGCUGGGCCGUGUCAGCGUCAUCAAGUUCCUGGGGGCCCCCACGAGUGACGAGGAUGCCGAGGAGGCCGCUGCCGAGAAGCGGGGCCUGCAGCGCCGGGCCACGCCGCACCCCAGCGAGCUCAAGGUGAUGAAGAGGGGCGUGGAGGAGCGGCGCAGCGAAGCCACUGGCAGGCCCGGCCCUGGGCCGCCCUCGCCGUCGGAGGAGGAGAAGAGGCUCAGCAGCAGGUCCGGCCUGAGUGAGGACUCGCCCCCAUCCACCAGCACAGCCUCCCCGGGGGAGCCCGCAGUCCUGCUGGCUGAGGAGGAGGAGGAGGAGGAAGAGGAGGAGGCGGAGGCGGAGGCUGGGGAGCUGAGCCCGCAGGAAGCCAUGCCCGCUGCCCAGGAGGAGGCCGAAGAGGACACCUACGAGGAGCCCACAGUGCGAUUUGCAGAGGACACCCUGCCGCCGCCUGGGGAAGACGGCGAGAGUGAGGGGGGGCCGGCGGGGGCCCCCUGGGCCCUGCCUGCCGGGCGGCAGCGGCUCACGCGCAAGGACACACCUCACUACAAGAAGCACUUCAAGGUCUCCAGGCUGCCCCAGCCCGAGGCCGUGGUGGCCCUGCUGCAGGGGGCGCGGCCCGAAGGCGACGGCCCGGCGGGGGCCGGGGGCUGGCACAAUGGCCCACACGCGCCCUGGGCCCCUCGGGCCGGGGACGAGGGGGACGAGGAGGACGAGGAGGAGGCGGUGGCUGAGGAGGAGGAGGAAGAGAAGGAGGAGGCCACGGCCUCUGUGCCCUCUGUCAAGGGGGUGUCGUUUGACCAGGCCAAUAACCUGCUGAUAGAGCCCGCGCGCAUUGAGGAGGAGGAGCUGACGCUCACCAUCGUGCGGCAGACAGGGGGCCUGGGCAUCAGCAUCGCGGGGGGCAAGGGCUCCACCCCCUACAAGGGAGAUGACGAGGGCAUUUUCAUCUCCCGGGUGUCUGAGGAGGGCCCCGCCGCCCGGGCCGGAGUCCGAGUGGGCGACAAGCUCCUUGAGGUGAACGGCGUGGCCUUGCAGGACGCGGAGCACCACCAGGCCGUGGAGGCGCUGCGGGGGGCGGGUGCCACCGUGCGGAUGCGGCUGUGGCGGGAGCGCAUGGUGGAGCCCGAGAAUGCGGUCACCGUCACGCCUCUGAGGCCCGAGGACGACUACAGCCCCCGGGAGCGGCGGUUUGGCAGCCUGCGCCUGCCCCAGCCCGAGACCCCCGGGCCCCUCCGGCAGCGCCACGUGGCCUGCCUGGUGCGCAGCGAGAAGGGACUAGGCUUCAGCAUCGCUGGCGGAAAAGGCUCCACACCCUACCGGGCUGGCGAUGGGGGCAUCUUCAUCUCCCGAAUCGCCGAGGGGGGCGCUGCUCACCGGGCAGGCACGCUGCAGGUUGGCGACCGCGUCCUCUCGAUCAACGGGGUGGACAUGACGGAGGCCCGGCACGACCACGCUGUCUCUCUGCUGACCGCCGCCGCCCCGACCAUCGCCCUGCUGCUGGAGCGGGAGGCCGGGGCGCCCCCCCCGCCCAGCCCCCCGCCACGCUCGCCCCCACCCCUCCCUGCCGCUGCCGCUGCCGUGGCCACUGCCACCCCCGGGGACCCCGGGCCACUGAGACUGGCCCCCGGCCUGCUGGCCGCCGCCCUAGAGGGGCCAUACCCAGUGGAGGAAAUCUGCCUGCCAAGAGCCGGGGGCCCGCUGGGGCUCAGCAUCGUCGGGGGCUCCGACCACUCCAGCCACCCGUUUGGAGUCCAGGAGCCUGGCGUCUUCAUCUCCAAGGUGCUCCCCCGGGGCCUGGCUGCACGCAGCGGCCUGCGGGUCGGGGACCGCAUCCUCGCAGUGAACGGGCAGGACGUGCGGGGGGCCACGCACCAGGAAGCCGUCAGCGCCCUGCUGCGGCCCUGCCUGGAGCUGGCCCUGCUGGUGCGGAGGGACCCGCCGCCCCCGGGCCUGCGCGAGCUCUGUGUCCAGAAGGGCCCCGGGGAGAAGCUGGGCAUCAGCAUCCGUGGGGGCGCCAAGGGCCACGCAGGGAACCCCUGUGACCCCACCGACGAGGGCAUCUUCAUCUCCAAGGUGAGCCCCGCGGGAGCGGCCGGGCGCGACGGCCGCCUGCGAGUGGGCCUGCGGCUGCUGGAGGUGAACCAGCAGAGCCUGCUGGGCCUCACCCACGCCGAGGCGGUGCAGCUGCUGCGCAGCGCCGGCGACACCCUCACCGUGCUCGUCUGCGACGGCUUCGACGCCAGCAUCGUCGCACCCACCGAGGUGUCACCCGGCGUGAUCGCCAACCCCUUCGCCGCUGGCGCUGGCCGCAGGAACAGCCUAGAAAGCAUCUCCUCCAUCGACCGGGAGCUGAGCCCAGAGGGCCCUGCCAAGGACAAGGAGCUGCCUGGGCAGACGCCGCAGUGGGGACCGGAGGCCACAGUACCAGCCAGAGGGAAGAUGGCCGAAGCGCCCCGCUCCCCCAGCCACCAGCAGACAAAACCCGGGGUGAUCCAGCCACUGGCUCAGGUCUGGCCCAGGGGCUCCCCGGCCCUCAGGGGCAGAGGCAGCCCCCGCUCUGUGAGUGCCCUGGCCCGCGGGGGGCGGGGGCAGAGACCACCGUCGGGGACAGCUGUGGGUGGGGAGGGUGGUGGCCGCAGCCUCUGCAGCUGUCCCCGCCCAGCUCACCAGAGCCGCCCCCAGCCCCCCUCCCCGCCCUCCCCGGACGAGCUGCCCUCCGACGUGAAGCGGGCCUACCGGACGUUCGCCGCCGUGCCGGGCCCACCGCCUCCCCAGGACACGGCUGCCCAACCCCCCACGCCGGGGCCCACGGCCUCCCCAGAGCAGCUGUCCUUCCGAGAGCGGCAGAAGUACUUUGAGUUGGAGGUGCGGGCGCCCCAGGCCGAGGGCCCCCCCAAGCGCGUGUCCUUGGUGGGUGCUGACGACCUGAGGAAGAUGCAGGAGGAAGAAGCCCGGAAGCUGCAGCAGAAGAGGGCGCAGAUGCUGCGGGAGGCGGCCAGCCCAGGUCCUGCCCUGGACCGGGAGGCCCCGGACAGCGAGGAGCCCGAGGAGGAGCCCCCCUGGACCGCGGGCUCUGCUGCAGGGCUCGUCUCGCCGUCCCCUCCACCCCUGGGGAGUAGCGCCCCAGUGCGGACGGCCAAGGCUGAGCGGCGCCAUCAGGAGCGGCUGCGUGUGCAGAGCCCCGAGCUGCCGGUGCCCGAGCGGGCCCUGUCGCCGGCAGAGCGCCGCGCCCUGGAGGCAGAAAAGCGGGCACUGUGGAGGGCUGCCAGGAUGAAGUCCCUGGAGCAGGACGCUCUCCGCGCCCAGAUGGUUCUCAGCAAGUCCCAGGAGGGCCGGGGCAAGCGUGGGCCCCUGGAGCGGCUGGCCGAGGCCCCUUCACCUGCGCCCACCCCGUCGCCCACCCCCCUGGAAGACCUCGGCCCCCAGACCAGCACCUCCCCUGGACGGCUGGCCUUGUCUGGGAGGAAGUUCGACUACAGGGUGUUCGCCGCCCUCCCCUCUUCCAGGCCUGUCUAUGACAUUCAGUCCCCGGAUUUCGCUGAGGAGCUGAGGUCCUUGGAACCGUCUCCCAGCCCGGGCCUGCAGGAGGACGGAGAGGUGGCCACGGUGCUUCUGGGCAGGCCCUCGCCGGACACCGUGGGCCCUGAGGAGGUGACGCUGUGCAGCAGCCGCCGCCCAAUGCGUCCAGGUCGCCGCGGCCUGGGCCCAGUGCCCUCCUAGAGGGUCACGGACCUUCCCCUGGACUUGGGGCGGGGG